GAGACCGGAGGGAGGGAACAUAAGUGGAGGCGAGUACGGUCGCUGCAUCCUUCAUUUACAAGCCAAGCCAAGCAAAAUCAAAGAAGGAAAUCCUCCAUCCUUUUUUUUUUUUUUGCUCCAGCCUCUUUUCCUCUUUUUUGUUCUUCAUUGCCCUCUUCUUGUGUAUAUGAUGAGCUCCAGCUUGCUGGAAAAUCCUGUGCAGGCGAUUUUGUACCUGCGGGAGCUCACCACCAUCGUCCAGAACCAGCAGAGCCUCAUCCAGACACAGCGCUCCCGUAUUGAGGAGCUGGACCGGCGGGUGGAUGAGCUCAUUGGCGAGAACAGGCACCUGCGAGAUGUCCGGGUGCAACAGCAGCAUCCGUACCCUUCCUUCCCGCAUCUCCUUCAUCAUCACCAUCACCCCGACCCGGGUUGCCUCCAUCAUUUCCACCUCGUUCAGGACCUCCAGACCAAGACCGGUGCGGGCUCUCUGCCGGAGCAAGAGCCAGCUCCAACGGUACAACAAGUCGAGAGUGCUGCGGUGGGCCAACCCCCAGUUCUGGACCCAGGGGACAUGCAGCUGGUUCCGGCAGACCCUACUACGGUUUCGCCGGUGGAAAGUGACCCGGAAAACGGCGGAAGUUGCACGAGCUGCCGUUCUUUGGUUCCGAUGACCCCGACUACUCUUUGCAGAUCCUUGGCCCUCGCUAAGACAUCUGAAAGUGAGACGGUGCUGCAUCAGUUCUGUUGCCCUGCCCCCGAGCAUCCUGAAGUCGAUGCAAGUAGCUCUUCCGGCGGCCAGUUGCUGAGCCUGGAGGAUGGAACGUCCUCUGGAGGACAGGAAGUGGAGGGCACCAAGCGGGAGGGGCCCAGCGAGUAUGAAAUCUCCCUGGAGAAUAAAAACAAACAGAUAGAAGAGCUGGAACAGAAGUAUGGAGGUCAUCUCAUUGCCAGACGAGCCGCCCGUCGCAUCCAGACAGCUUUUCGUCAGUACCAGCUCAGCAAAAACUUUCAAAAGAUCCGCAACUCCCUCUCGGAGAGCAAGUUGCCCCGCCGGAUCUCCCUGCGGCACCCGAGCCCCUCAGGCCGAAACCGGAAUAGCGCUCAAAGACAUAGUUACUCCCUUCAUCCGGGUGGAGGACAGAUACCGCUACGUUCUAAAACACCACCGCCGCCACCGUGCCGCUCGACAUCUCUGCCACCUUCACCGGCAUCCGCCCCGACAGCAGCUGCAGCAACUACCCCCCCGAUGUCAGGAUCAGCUCCCACUCAAAGUCCUGGACCCUCACUUUCACAGCUGGAGGACUGCUUCUCUGAACAACUUCAUUCGCUGGCUCAGUCGAUAGAUGAAGCCCUCCGUGGUUGGAGCAUGUCAGAAGGUGGAGAAGGCAAAGGCCUCCUCAUGGACCCCAGUGCCCUUAGAGCAGCUGCCCAGAGUGCCUGCCUGCCCCGCAGCGCCAGCUCUCUACUCAUGGCCUUCAGGGAUGUGACGGUCCACAUCGACAGCAAUAGCUCCUACACCAUCUCCUCCGCUACCACCACCACCACCACCACCUCUCUGGGCAAUACAGCUGAAGCGGGCAGCAGGAAGACCUCCUUGAGCGGGAUGGGCGGAGUAGGAUUUGGAGGAGGGGACGGGCUGUCGGCGGAGGGUAUCGAACCAGAGUUUCCUGCGCCCCCUCCCAGCGAGGAAUUGGAAAUGGUGGAUCCUGGCUCAAGGAGGGGUUCUGCUGUGCCCCUCCCAGGGGUGGGAGGAUUUCUGGAGGGGGAGAGCAUCUUAGACAGAGCGGGGUCCACCUCCACAUCUACCUCCACAUCCACCACAAUCGCCACCUCAACCCAGUCCAACCAGCAACCCGCCCAGAUUUACACCCAGUACCAGCAAUACCACUACACUCACCCCCAGCAGGUGGCAGCGGGCCCCAGUCCUGACGCCCUCCAGGCUCUGGUGGUGUCCUUGCCCAGGGACAGAUGCCAGGAUCCAGCUUCAUGUCGUUCUCCUACCCUCUCCACAGACACACACCGCAAACGGCUCUAUCGUAUUGGACUCAACCUUUUCAAUGUGAACCCGGAGAAAGGCAUCCACUUCCUGAUCACACGUGGCUUUGUCCCAGACACGGCCAUUGGCGUGGCUCACUUCCUGUUGCAGAGGAAAGGUCUGAGCAGGCAGAUGAUUGGAGAGUUUCUGGGCAACAGCAAGUUGCAGUUCAACAGAGAUGUUCUUGAUUGCGUCGUGGACGAGAUGGAUUUCUCCGGCAUGGAGUUGGACGAAGCAUUGAGAAAGUUUCAGGCUCACGUUCGUGUGCAGGGUGAGGCGCAGAAAGUGGAAAGACUCAUCGAGGCCUUUAGCCAGCGCUACUGUAUGUGUAAUCCUGAUGUGGUGCAGCAGUUCCACAACCCCGACACCAUCUUCAUCUUGGCCUUUGCCGUAGUCCUUCUCAACACUGACAUGUAUUCGCCUAACAUCAAACCGCAACGCAAGAUGGGCCUGGACGACUUCAUACGCAAUCUGAGAGGUGUGGACGAUGGAGCAGACAUCCCCAGAGAGAUGGUGGCGGGCAUUUAUGAGAGGAUCCAGCAAAGAGAGCUGAGAUCCAAUGAAGACCAUGUUACUUAUGUGAGCCGAGUGGAGCAGUCCAUCCUGGGCUUGAAAACUAUCCUGGCUGUACCCCACAGGCGUCUGGUGUGCUGCUGUCGCUUGUUUGAGGUUCCCGAUGCCAACAAACCUCACAAACAGAAACUGUCGCAGCUCCAGAGAGAGGUCUUCCUCUUCAAUGACCUGCUCUUGAUCUUGAAGUUGUGCCCUAAGAAGAAAAGUUCAGCAUCAUACACUUUCUGUAAAGCAAUGGGUCUUCUGGGGAUGCAGUUUCACCUCUUCAGCAAUGAAUACUAUGCCCACGGCGUCACCAUGCUGAGCCCGUUUACCUCAGAGAAGAAGCAGCUGGUCAGCUUUUGCUCGCCAAGCGGGGAGGAGCUCAGGAAGUUUGCAGAGGAGCUCCGAGAGGCUAUUUCCGAGGUCAAUGAGAUGGAGCACAUACACAUCCAGUGGGAACUGGAGAGGCAACAAGGCAUCCAGCCACACAGCAUACACACAAAUGGCGGCCAAGUGGAUGUGCACACAGGACAUGGCUCCCCUUCAGGUCAACAGGACGUGUACGAUAAAACAGGCAACAAUAACACAGUGGAGGUGUCAAUUCACAACAGGCUGCAGACCUACCAACUGAGCCAGCCCAGCGUUGAGGCCACGCCCCUGGCCCUGACCGCCCCGCCCGCCUUGCUCAGCCCUGCUCAGGCUGCCGAGCUCCGACCGGAGACGCUCAUCCAAUGCCAGCAGAUCGUCAAGGUCAUCGUGGUGGACCAGAGCGGGCGGGGCCGCAUGGAGGCCUUCCUCAGUCAAGGCCCGGCCGCCCAUCAGCUCAUUCAGUCAGCCUUGUCCACACCUGUGCACGUCAGGGAAGGGGACGGGCCCCAGCCCCCUUUGCCGCCACCCCCACCCCCUUACAACCACCCACAUCAAUUCUGCCCGCCUGACUCGCCCAUGCCACUCCAUCACACUAUGCCUCUCACUCGCAGGCGUAACUCUAGUGGCUCCCGCAGCAUCGUCUGAAUGCCCCCCCCCCCAAUGCCCACAUGUUGGAACAGUUGUCACCCCUCUAUGAGUAGUAAGCAUUAAGAAACAGCCAAAAGAGCAACCAUGCCGUCGGAGUUCAACAAAAAGACAAUGAGCUGAACCAUCAUUGCCAACAUGGACGUCAUUUUUAAAGAAAACACCAUAGCUGAAGAUGUCUGUCCAUGAUUCACCCCUGUAUGAAAAUACUAUUUUGAUUCCCAAUUAUAAUCCCCAAUGGACGCUAGAAUAAUAUAAAUAUGGAGGACGUAUGCUUAUGCUUAUGAUUUAGCCCAUGCACUGAAAUGAAUAAUCUCAGCACUACAAAUGGAGCUUCUCAGCGCUGUAAUGAUUUCUUUCUUAUCUCCCUAAUUAGCUUAUCUGUGUCAUUUCUUAUUUCAGGAUAAGAUAAGGUGGAGCAAAAAUGGCUCUACCACAUCUAGCCUGCAUGUACAGUAUCAUGUCAUACAUACACUUCAUGUACUUGUAAAAAGAGGAGUAUUAGGGCCAUACAGACAACCAAAAGGACAUCAUGUCACUUUAGUAAUAGUAGUCGGAUUUUUCGGGAAAAAGUGGUAACUUGAAGGAAUACAGACUGUUAAGCUGCUGUUUCUUAUUGAACAGAGUCAACAAGCACUACAUUCAUGUAAUGUAAUGUAACAGUACAGUAGUGCAACAAACUUUUUACUCGAAAUGUUAUAUACAUAUUCAUCGUUGUAUAAUAAUUGAAUUCAUAAUAUUUUGAUAAUAAUGCAGCAUUAUUCUUACUUACUCUAACAAAUUAUUACUAUUAUGGUGAUAUGAUGACCUUUCUCUCAUAUUAUUAUGACUUUAUUCUUUGGGUGAGAGGCGGGGUACACCCUGGACUGGUUGCCAGCCAAUCACAGGGCACAUAUAGACAAACAACCAUUCAUAAUAUCAUGAUAAUAUUUUUUUUAAAUGAAGGUGUUUGUUUUUCUUUUAAUACAACAUCCAACAUAUUUGAUUUACAGUGUGGCCCUCAUACUCCUCCAUAUUCAUGUUGUUUGCUACAAUGCUGAGGCAUUUAGCUGAAAGGAAGUGACAGGAAGUGCUUCCAUUAGCUUCCUCACGGGCAGUUGGGCUACUUGAUCCCUAACAGCCAACAAUGAGGCUCCUCUCCUCUUGUACAUUGCCGCCUGCUUCCUCCAGUGUGAAUAUUCUUGUUACCUUUCCAUUGAGGCCAUUUAUCAACCGGGAGAUUCUUACUUGUAGCUUUAGUUGAAAUAAAGGACAUUAAAACGGAGGGAUGAGGGUGAACAAACACACAAACACAUCACAACCCCUAUUGCACUUUUACUUUCUUGCACAUUGAAAAAAAUAUAUAUAAAAAAAAUGCAGAGAUGCAUUCUUGUGCUGAAUGUUAAAUCAGGAAAAAGGAGCGGCAAGAUGAUCCGUGAAAAUAAUCGUUACUUGUCAUUUCAUCGCCGCGUCUGAGCCGCUUUGUACAGCUGAUACGAGACGCACUGAGCACAUCUGGUAACCUCUUUUGCACCGCAGAAUAUAUUGGAUAAAAUAUAUUGUACAUAGCUAUAAAUAUAAUAUAUAGAUUCUAUUCUGAGAACGUGAUCCCUCGUUUGUGUGCGUGUGCGUCAAUGUCUGAAUUUGUACAGAGAAGAAUCUAGUUUAAAACAAAAAAGGAGAUAUAGUUGUUAUUAGUCACAUCUAACAUGGUGGGGGUGUCCUAAAUAUUAGCGCGAGCAGGGAGGAGGCUUUUAUAGACUUUGGAGCAGUUACCAUGGCAACACAAUCGUCAUUACGGUAGCAUGUCAUGUUAUUACAGGAUUAUUAAGAGAAGAUGUGUAAAGGGCUAUGCUGUUUUGGUCAACAGAUACACAACACACAUACACACACAUACACACACGCACACAUACAAGCACAGCAGCCAAAUUCGUAAGAAAUUAAUUUUAGAAACUGCUUGUCUUAUUUUCCUGCUUUGUUUUUUUCUUUUCCGUGAACUUUACAAACUGACUUGAUUCAGCAUGUUUGUGUUAUGUUUGUUUUCAGCGACACAGGAGCUUUGUAUCGCUGUUGUCAGGGCACGUCCACUCUAUUGAUGUCAUUUUCUACCCUGCAGUUUGUUCUUUUUAUUUAACUUGCUCCCUGUCCUGCUUCCCCGCCGACCCUUCCAUGCCUCCUCCUCUGGUUGUCAUGGGGAUGCACCCGCCUCAUGCAUCCUCACUGUGGAGCACUGUCAUGAUGAAUAUUUGCACCCUCACUGUAUUUCUAAAACAAAGCCAAUCUGAUUUCUUAAAAAAAAGAAACAUGUUUAUUAUUAUUAUUAUUAUUAUUAUCAUUAAUAUAAAAAAAGUAUCCAAGUAUUUCUAAUUUUUGUUUGUUUUGUUUGGAGAGAAUGAAAGAAUAAAGUAGUUUUUACUCUCUGUGUGAA